AUGACUAAGAAGUUUGUGAGUGAGAGCGGCAGCUCCAUACUCAAUAUUUGGAUAUGGACAUUGUCUAGGGUUCUGGACAUACUAUUUGUGGCUGAUGUGAAGUGGAUGUUAUCAGAGGUGGAUGGUUGCAGAGGACAACAGUUGGCCCUGAAGAACCAAUUUGAGGUAGAUGGCAGUAGAGAACUACUCAGUGACCAGAAGAUCAGUGGAAAUGCCAAGCAGAAACAACAUGACAGUGCAGAUAUGGUGCCUGGCAGGGGGCAACAUGACUGUAUCACCAGAGGCCGUUGUCUGCUCUGGAGAGUUGGAAGUGCCAAGGACUUGGUGGUGCCCGCCCUGGAGCCUCCCGUGUUGGAUGUAAAGCGGUCCCUCCUGUGGCAGGAUUCUCUGGCCGGGCAGGCUGCCCACUGGCAGCUUGUCACCAGAGUCAGCCUCUUCUCUCCUGCUUCUGUUCGAUACUCCCAUACAGACAUCAAAGUUCCUGACUUCUCUGCCUAUCGUCGAGCAGAUGUGUUAGAUAGCAAAAAAUCCUCAAAAGAUAGCAGUGAAAGUAGAAAAGCCUUCUCCUAUUUGAUAACUGCAACUACAACUGUAGGUGUUGCAUAUGCUGCCAAGAAUGCCGUCUCCCAGUUUGUCUCCAGCAUGAGUGCUUCUGCUGAUGUGUUGGCCAUGUCAAAAAUUCAAAUCAAGCUGUCAGAUAUUCCUGAAGGCAAGAACAUAGCUUUGAAAUGGAGAGGAAAGCCUCUGUUUGUACAUCAUAGAACCCAGAAGGAAAUAGAUCAAGAAUCCACCGUGGAUUUGUCACAGUUGAGAGACCCACAACAUGAUUUAGACCGCGUAAAGAAGCCGGAAUGGGUCAUACUGAUAGGUGUCUGCACCCAUCUUGGUAGUGUACCCAUUGCAAAUGCAGGUGAUUUUGGUUAUUACUGUUAUUACUGUCCUUGUCAUGGGUCACACUAUGAUGCAUCUGGCAGAAUCAGAAAAGGGCCUGCUCCACUCAACCUUGAGGUUCCAGCGUAUGAAUUCACCAGUGAUGAUCUAGUCAUAGUUGGUUAAAGUACUGA